UCUUGGGUGAGUCCGGAGUCUCAACUAACCUCAGGUAUUUCCCGAAGAAGAAAGAAGAAGACAAACGGAGGAAAAGGAAAAUGCUUAGGGUUUUUGGGAAGAGGUUUCUAGGGUUAGGGCAUCAAAAUCCAAGCCCUCAAUGCCCUUUGACUCUCGCCCGUCUCUACCACGAGCGGGUGGUUGACCACUACAACAACCCAAGGAAUGUCGGAUCCUUCGACAAGAGCGAUCCGACAGUUGGGACGGGCCUGGUGGGGGCCCCUGCCUGCGGCGACGUCAUGAAGCUCCAGAUCAAGGUCGACGAGGAGUCGGGGAAGAUCGUCGAUGCCUGCUUCAAGACCUUCGGAUGCGGCUCCGCCAUUGCAUCUUCCUCCGUAGCUACUGAAUGGGUGAAGGGAAAACAAAUGGAGGAAGUAUUAUCCAUCAAGAACACGGAGAUUGCAAAACAUCUUUCACUCCCCCCAGUGAAGCUCCACUGCAGCAUGCUCGCAGAGGAUGCGAUCAAGGCGGCCAUAAAAGACUACGAAGCAAAGAAGGCCAGGUUGGGAGGAAACGUUGAGUCUGCUCCAGCUGACAAAGCUGCCAAUGCUUAAUGUCGAGUCUACUCCAGUGGACAAAGCUGCCGUUGGAUUACCAUGUAUGUAGCAUACGUUUGGAAGAACAGCUUGUUCAUUUACUAGUUCUAAUAAUGGACCAUAUUUGCAAUCCA